CUCUUUCGUUGAAGCUCCCCUUCUUUCACUCGCUCGCUUAUUUAUUGUCUCACAACCCCCCUUCCAGCUUUUACGCUGUUAUCCGUGUCAACAAAGGGCCUUGCCUCGCCCCAGCCUGCAUACUUAAUCCAUACCCGUCAUUGGUAGGUCGACUUUCUUUCACCACUCCUGGGCCUGUCGGUUGCAUGAUCGAUCUUGGCUUCGUUGUACUGCGGUUUCGUUGGGACUUGGAUGCAAUUAAAGGCGAGCAUUGGUGACUGACAUCUCUCGACUAUACAGUCUCAAGUUAUCCUAAACAAUGGCCUUCGUCAAAUACGCCCUCCCCGUUGUUGCUGCGGCCCAGGCCGCCCUGGCUGCCAGCUGUGGCUCCACGGACAGCACCAUCACCAUCAGCAGCCAGAGUGACCUCGACUCCUAUGCCACCUGCCCGACCCUUAAGGGUAACGUCGAGAUCAGCGAGCACGCCUCCGGUGAUCUCACCCUCAGCGGUGUUUACUCCAUCACUGGUGGCCUAAGCUGCACCGACGGCAGCAACAUCACUUCCCUCAGCUCUUCCUCCCUGUCCUCCAUUGGCGAAGCCUUCAAGCUGGACGGUCUUACCACCCUCACCACCCUCAGCUUCACCAAUCUCACCAGCGUUGGCUCCAUCUCCUGGACCGCUCUCCCCGAGCUCCAGGCCCUUGACUUCACUAAGGGUGUUUCCCAGGCCGGCAGCGUCGAGAUCACCAACACUGGUCUCACCAGCUUGGACGGUAUCUCCCUCAAGACCGUUGGUGCCUUCGAUAUCACCGAGAACACCAACCUGAAGACCGUCAACGUUAACGAGCUCACCAACGCCACUGGUCUGAUCAACUUCGCUGGUAACUUGGACUCCCUGGAGAUUAUCCUCCCCAACCUGGGCACUGGUACCAACAUGACCAUCCGCAACGUCAGCGGUGUCUCUCUCCCCUCUCUCGAGACCCUUAGCGGUCAGCUCGGCUUCUGGGGCAACACCUUCAACAACUUCAGCGCUCCCAACCUCACCAGCACUGCUGACUUGGUCUUCGAUGACAACACCAAGCUCGCCAACAUCAGCAUGCCCGUGCUGAAGACCGUCAACGGUGGUUUCCAGAUUGCUCGUAACGACAAGCUCAAGGGCAUCGACUUCCCCGACCUUAAGGAGGUCACUGGUGCCAUUGACUUCAGCGGUGACUUCGACUCUGUUUCCCUGUCUGCUCUGACCGAGGUCAAGGGUGGAUUCAACAUGCAGAGCACCGGUAACUUCAGCUGCAGCGCCUUCAAGACCCUGCGUGAGAACAACGUCAUCCGCGGUACCUACACUUGCAAGGCCAGCACCACCGACCCCACCACCAGCGAUGGCUCCUCCGGCACCACCACCUCGACCACCUCCAGCGGCACCUCCUCGGCCACCUCCAGCGACAGCGCCUCGGUCAUGAACGUGGCCAACCUGCCCGCUCUUGGCCUGGCUGCCAUCAUCGGUGCCGUGUUCGCUCUGUAAAGGACCUUUGAUACCAAGCAUUUGCGUGUACGCUUUUUUGAACCCUUUAACAUGGUCGUG